AUGGCCCUGCGCUACCCCAUGGCCGUGGGCCUCAACAAGGGCCACAAGGUGACAACGAAGAACGUCAGCAAGCUGAGACAAAGCCGGCGCCGCGGGCACCUCACCAAGCACAUCAUGUUUGUGUGGGACAUGAUCCGGGAGGUGUGCGACUUCUCUCCCUAUGAGCGGCGCGCCAUGGAGCUGCUCAAGGUGUCCAAGGACAAGCGCAUGCUCAAGUUCAUCAUGAAGAGGGUGGGCACGCACAUCCGCACCAAGAGGAAGCACGAGGAGCUGAGCAACGUGCUGGCUGCCAUGAGGAAGGCUAUGGCCAAGAAGGACUGA